AUGUGUUUUCAUGUUCUGAUGUAUAAGAAUUCUUAUAAGAGAUAAUUAUGGUCAAUUUAGAGUGAAGGCAUUUAAGUAGUAAAUGAAAAAUAUGUUUUUUAUUUUCGUAAAUAAUUUAUAUACACAAAUUAAAAUAUAAAAAUCAAGUUUAUUUACAAACCACCAUUAACUCAAUUUAGAUGGUGGAAUCUGUUUCAUUGGAUUAAGAAUGAUUUGAAUUUCUUAGUUUUGAUUUAUUAUUAAAAAGCAAAUAGAAUAAAGAAAUAAAACCAAUAAAUGAUAAUAGAAGAAGCAAAGAAUUCAUUUUUUGAUAAUUCGUAUAAUUCUCAACUCUCAAAAUUUGAGCAACUAUAUAUGAGAAACAAGUUAAUUCUAUCAUAUAAUUAAAUAAUACCUAAAUUAAUAGAACUAUAUAUUAAUCCGAAUCCAGUGGCUACCAUAUGUGAUGGAACAAUAUUUGGAAUAUAUGGCCACAUAACUGCAAAAUAAAUACCAAAGAAGAGUCCAUUAAGAAUACUUCCAAUUAAAGGAAAUAUUAAACAUGGAGAAUCAAAUUCUGGUAAGAUCUAGAACAUUAUUAAUGUGAGUAAUUGAAAACUACAAGCGAUAAUUAAAAUUUCGAUAUUCCUUCCUAUUCUUUAUAAAUAAUAACCAACGAUAGGACUUAAUAAUGCUGAAAGAUAAUAUGGAAUACUAAAUAAAAUAUUAGCAGUA